AUGUCACUGCCAUGGGACUACAUUGCGAAACUGGUCUGCAUCGGUGAUUCCGGAACGGGCAAAUCCAGCUUGUCUAUACGGCUCUGUGAAGGUCGAUUCUCGCCGACUCACGAUGUGACCAUCGGUGUCGAGUUCGGCUCGCGCGUUGUCCCAGUGGGGCCUCCAGCUUCCAACAGUCUAGCCAUCGAUGAUCUAAACAACAGCAAUCCGCUACACACUCUCCCUUCUUCAUCAACAUCGGCCACAGCCCACACCGCAACCCAACAUAAUGCAGAAACGGACACUUCCGGCGGUGGGGUGGCGCGGAAAUCGCAGAAGCAGCCGCCACAAACACAGGACCAGACACAGAAGAAAAUGAAAUUGUCCCUUUGGGAUACUGCGGGUCAAGAGACAUACAAGUCCGUUACGCGAUCCUAUUUUCGAGGCGCAUCAGGCGCCUUGUUAGUCUUUGACAUCACGCGCCCAUCCACGUUCGCCUCGGUGACCGGAUGGCUUCAGGACCUCCGCCAAAUAGCCGAGGAUGGCAUUGUUGUCGUCCUAGUUGGGAACAAGUGCGACCUCGCAAGUGAUCAGCAAGACGACAGCAGCAGCAACAAAAGCCAAAGACGAGUUACACGACAAGAAGCCGAAGAAUGGUGCCGACUAAACAAUGUGAUUCGCUACAUUGAAACGAGCGCAAAGUCCGGCGAAGGUGUUGAACGAGCCUUCCUCGAAGUGGCAGAGAGAAUAUAUCGAAAUAUCGAGGCUGGGAAAUACGAUCUCAACGACCGAAGAAGUGGUGUUAAGGGGUACGGAGCUAGUGGAGGAGGAGGAAUCAAUACCGCAACUCCGAGAACGAUCACGUUAGGCCUUAAUGAUGCGAUGGAUCGGGGUGGGAAUAGUUGGAGUAACACGUGUUGCUGA